AUGGUUUCUUCUUCGAUCUCUCUCAAACCCUUCCCUAAUUCGCUUUCCAUUUCUCGCCCCACUCAGACCAUAAUUUCUGGAAAGAGUUGGGAUAGCUUGGUGUUUAACAAGUCGGAAAAUUUCAGAGCACAUAAGCUGUUGUGUGCAGACGGGUUAAAGCUACGUUGCUCGGUUGAUAGAGAGAUGGAUGUGAGCACUUCUGCUUUAGUGGAUGACGGUGUUGUUGCUGAGUGCUUAAAUGAAGAGGAGCUAAGGGAGCCGAGCGUUUCAACAAUGGUGAUGAAUUUCGAGAGUAAGUUUGAUCCUUAUGGUUCAGUUAGUACGCCGCUUUACCAGACUGCUACUUUUAAGCAGCCUUCCGCAAUAGAAAAUGGUCCCUAUGACUAUACCAGAAGUGGAAAUCCUACUAGAGAUGCUUUAGAAAGCAUUCUUGCAAAACUUGAUAAAGCGGAUAGAGCCUUUUGCUUCACCAGUGGAAUGGCUGCUUUGACUGCUGUUGUUCACCUUCUUAAAAACGGUGACGAAAUUCUUGCCGGUGAUGAUCUGUAUGGCGGAGCAGAUAGAUUGCUGUCCCAAGUAGUUCCCAGGAGUGGAGUUUUGGUGAAACGGGUAAAUACAAGUGAUUUGGAUGAGGUCGCAUCUGCUUUUGGACCCAAGACUAAGCUUGUAUGGCUGGAGAGUCCAACCAAUCCCCGGAUACAAAUUUCUGAUAUUCGAAAAAUAGCAGAAAUGGCUCAUGCACAUGGUGCUCUUGUGUUGGUGGACAACAGUAUAAUGUCACCUGUAUUAUCCCAGCCAUUGGAACUUGGAGCAGAUAUUGUCAUGCACUCAGCUACGAAGUUUAUUGCUGGACAUAGUGAUAUUAUGGCCGGCGUGCUUGCGGUGAAAGGUGAAAGGUUGGCAAAAGAAAUAUAUUUCUUACAAAACGCAGAGGGCUCCGGCUUAGCUCCAUUUGACUGUUGGCUUUGUUUGCGAGGAAUCAAGACAAUGUCCCUUCGAAUUGAGAAGCAACAGGAUAACGCACAGAAGAUUGCUGAGUUUCUUGCUUCCCAUCCGCGAGUCAAGAAAGUAAACUAUGCUGGUUUGCCUGGUCAUCCUGGCCGAGAUUUACACUAUUCUCAGGCAAAAGGUGCAGGAUCUGUGUUUAGCUUUUUGACAGGCUCACUAGCUCUCUCAAAGCAUAUUGUCGAAACUACCAAAUACUUUAGCAUAACCGUUAGUUUUGGGAGUGUAAAAUCACUCAUCAGCUUGCCUUGCUUUAUGUCGCACGCUAGCAUACCUGCUGCAGUCCGCGAGGCCAGAGGCUUAACUGAAGAUCUUGUUCGUAUAUCAGUUGGUAUCGAGGAUGUCGACGAUCUCAUCGCUGAUCUAGACAAUGCAUUUAGAACUGGGCCUCUGUAA